AUGGAGGUCUCAGACCAAUAUUCAAGCUCACAUCAUCCGCUGUGCUCGCCGGACAAUGCACACAUUGCUACGCUGAACGGCGGCCGUCUCCAAAUCCGAUCUACAAAUUCGCUAGAAGUCAUACACAACUUUGUUGUUCCCCAGGACGGCAACUCACGCUUUUUGUGCCUGCGCUGGUCUCCCAAAACGAAAGACCGACCGUCCUCGAACCGUAUACUGGUGGCAGAUGAGGAUAAUGUACGAGUGUGGGACCUCCGAGACCGAAAAUGGAACGGCACGAUCAACAAUGGCAGCGCGGGCAUGGGCAAAGUCGUGAACGCAGACUUUGGCAGGACUGAGACGGAAGUUGUUGUCUUCUCAGACUUUGCGUCCAAAGUCACGGUGUGGUCCCUGUCGCAUGGCAGGACCGUGGAGAUCAAAGAUCCAAAGUUCGUGACAGCGAGAGGCUAUGGGUAUCGGCCGAAGACUUCUGAAUUUACAGUUCUGUCCAGACCGAAUGCGCAAGAUACAGUGACUUUACAUGCGCCGCAGACGUACUUUGUCAUCAAAACGAUCACCUUGAAUACGGUUGAUGCGCAAGGCAUGAAAUGGAGCCCCGAUGGCAAAUGGCUGGCGGUAUGGGAUACACCCAGCGUAGGGCACCGCGUUUACAUCUAUACGGCCGACGGGCAUCUAUACAGAAUGUAUGGGGGCGCUCCGGAAGGAGAUCUCGAGGGACUUGGAGCUCGUAGUGUAGACUGGAGCCCUCGGGGCGACUAUCUGGCUAUAAGUGGUUACGACAAACGUGUAACUUUGCUGAAUGCACGCACUUUCUCUCCAGUUAUUGUUCUUGAGCACACGACUUCGAUCCAAUUAUCCAAUGGUGGUGUGUGGCAAGAACAAGUUUCUCCGUCUGGUGAGCGCAGUUACAUCGAAGUUGCGCAGCCAAUAGCUCCCCCAGCUGCUCCAUCACCACCUAACGAUGCUCUUGCAAAGCUUGGUAUAUCUAUUACGACAUUUAAUGCUGACGGCACUUUGGUGGCCACUCGCGAUGAAAACACUCCAACCACAGUCUGGAUCUGGGAUCUCUCAAACUUGGCCCCUCGAGCCGUUAUUAUCCAGCAUUCCCCUAUAAAGCAACUGUUGUGGAAUCCUUCUGACCCAAGCAUUCUCAUGAUCCAGAAUACGCAUGAGGACCCUGCUGUACAUCUCUGGCGAUCAACGGGAGGAGGUCCAGAAGCUUUGAACAUCAAAUUCAAGAGGAGUGUGGGGAAGGUUGAAGCACGAUGGCUCAGCACUCCUCGUGAUAGGAAACCAGCGUUGAUAUACGGAGACGCACAUGGGCACGUUCUUGCGUGGCCGAUCGGCAGAGAUGUUAUCCUCAGAUUCAGCCGUCCCGAGACGCCAAAUGGUGCUGACGAUAGCGAAGACUCACUUUUCGACAUACUAACCGGUAGGACGCCUGUACCUGCAUUGACGACUACGGACGGCUUUACACAAGGAGAAGACUUUGACGACAGUGGACCACUGGAUGAUACAUUCAGAUACCGGAAACAGCAAAGUGAGAUGGACGAAAGCUUCUUCUGA